UCCAAAGAGAGUGUUAAAGUAUAAGUAUUUUCACCAUCAUUUUAAUCUCUCUGUUAUCUGUUCUAAUAUGGCCACCAGGUCAGUGAUAAUGAUGGCCGGCCUUUUCCUGAAGAUCUAGCAAUGGAGAUUCUAAUCAGGUUGCCGGUCGAAUCUUUGUUGCGAUUCAAAUGCGUCGGCAAGUACUGGUACGAAACAAUUACGAGCCCUAGCUUCAUCGAAGAACACAUGAAUUGGAGCAGAAAGUCCCCGAAAAUCAUGAUUUAUGAUCAUGUUGGAUGCCCCUCAAAUGAUGAUUCUCCUCUCAAUCCCAAUCCCAUCACUUUGAUUUCGGUCUCAGAUACUGUUGGCGUACCUGAAAAUCCUGAUUAUCUUCAGGAAUUCAUAGGUAUGACGCACCUUUUAGGUUCUGUGGAUGGCUUGUUUUUAUUGGAGCGAGUAAUUGAUGGCAGCAUAUUCAACAUCUUCUUAGCUUUGUGGAAUCCUGCCACCAGGGAAGUGAGGUCCCUUCCUUUACCCGGUUUCAAUCUUCCAUCAUCUUUCAGGCAAUAUCGACGUCAGUUUGGGUUCGGAUUAAACCUUAUGACUAAUGACUACAAGGUUAUUUGGUUUCGGAUCUUCUGGGAAAAAAUCAUAAAUUUUUUUGUCGAUCAACCUUAUGCAGCCGUCUAUUCAUAUUCUAAGGACUCAUGGAGAAUCCUUCAACCUGAAAACGCUGACAUCGUCCUACUUAAAGACAUCCUCCUAAUUAAACAUUGUAUAGAAGCCCUUGGUACUGCUUAUCUGAAUGGAGCUUAUUACUGGCUGCUGAAGUGUGAAAUAUGUAACUGUAGCAUUCUUUCCUUUGACUUUGGCAAUGAGGUGUUUACAGAGAUUGAAGGGCCAGAUGCUCCGCGCCCUUUCAAUCAUUGGCAUCUGAAACUGAUAUUGCUUGAUGACUCCCUUGCCCUCUUUAGCGUAGCUGAUUGGGACAGAUUUGAACAUGACAUAUGGGAAAUAUGGGAGAAAAACAAAUCAAGCUUCAAAGAGAAGAAAAUGGACAUACACACUAAACUAAUGAGCAAGUACCUGAAUGGUGGUUUUGGGGCAUUCUUGUGGCAAACAUUACCCUCACUGUCUUUGCUUGUGAAUAUUACAACGAGCAACUUCAGUUUACCUUGGUGGGGAGUUAUUCUAGCUUGUGUCAUUGCCAUUUUCUUUACACUUCCUAGCGGAAUCAUCACUGCAAUUACCAACCAGGGUUGGAUGUUACCAAGCUAUUACUUUCCUCCAAGAUUUCAAGCUCGGUCAUUAUGGAAAACUCCACCAAAGAACAAUGUUUUUGGCUCAGAUAGUAGGGACUCUAAUAGCAGGGUUCUUUUAUUUGGGAACUGCAUGGUGGUUAAUGGAAACAAUUCCAGACAUAUGCAACAAAACAUUGACCAACACCGUGUGGACUUGUCCUUCAGAUCAUAUAUUCUAUGAUGCAUCAGUGAUAUGGGGUUUGAUUGAGCCAAGAAGGAUUUUUCGAGAUUUAGUAACUUAUGGAAUGGUCAAUUGGUUCUUCUUAUUUGGUGCUACUGCGCCAGUUGUUGUAUGGUUAGCAGCCAGGGCUUUCCCUAAGCAAGAAUGGAUCAAACUCAUUAACAUGCCAGUGUUGGCAGGAGCUACAGGGAUGAUGCCACCGGCCACGGCUGUGAACUACACAUGGAUUAUUGUAGGGUUCUUGUCGGGGUAUGUUGUUUAUUGAUAUAGGCCAGAUUGGUGGCAGCGACAUAACUAUGUUCUUUCUGGUGCACUUGAUGCUGGUCUGGCAUUUAUGUCUGUUCUUUUGUAUAUGUGUUUGGGAUUGGAGAACAUAAGUGUUAACUGGUGUGGAAAUGAUCUAGAUGGAUGUCCUUAUGCUUCUUGUCCAACGUGCGCCUAAUAGCAUGUUGCAUUGAACCACACAACAAAACACCGAGGAGCCGAUUGGUUACAGUGAGUAUGAUUUUAGUUCUGGUUUUGAAAUUAGGAUCAUCUUUUUCCACUGUUUCAUUAUCAGUAUUGGCUAGUAACGAUAUAGAUUUUACACGAAAAGUAUUGUACCCAAGACAAAGGCACCACUGGAUUCUUUUGAAACUGAGGGCAGUUCAACCAGUACAUUUGCACUAAGCGGACUUCAACUGCUGGAAUGGUGUUUAGAUAAUGUGCCAUUUGCAACAAGUUCUUGUGCAUGAUAACACCUUGUGUCUUCUCAAUAUUCACAUCCAGUAUAUUUGUCAUGCUAGAAAGAGGUCUUAUUGCCAGUCCACCAAGAUUGAUUUUGAUUCUGGUUUCAAAGAGGUUCUUAAUUAUGUGCUUUCAUACGCUGUUCCCAGCACUUGAAUAUGUGCACCACUGGAUUUGUUGAUCUGUAUUUUGCAGUAACAACUGAUUUACAUAAAAGCAAUUCCAGGUAGAUUUAACCUCCA